CAGAAAUCAACUGCAGUGAAUAAUAUUCGUAUCAAUUGAAUCGAAUUCAUCAAUCAAUCAAACAAACAAACAAUGAUGGACGAUGAUCAUUUGAAAUAUAAACCAAACAAAUUAUGUGGAAUUUGUGGUGAUAAAGCAUUGGGUUAUAAUUUUAAUGCAAUUACAUGUGAAGCAUGUAAAGCAUUUUUUCGUCGAAAUGCAUUACGUACAAAAGAUUUUAAAUGUCCAUUUGAUGGUAAUUGUAAAAUUGAUCUGGUCACUCGAAGAUUUUGUCAAAAAUGUCGUUUGAAAAAAUGUUUCGAUAUUGGAAUGAAAAAAGAAUGGAUACUAUCCGAAGAAGAAAAAAGGGUAAAACGAGAUAAAAUUAUUGAAAAUCGUCGAAAAAAAGAAUCAACCACUUCUGAAUGUCUCCAACAACAAUCACCAACAACAACAACAGACCAUUAUCGUUGA